GGUCCUUAUGUUACUACGCUGUACUACGUAAUAAGAGGAGCGGAGCGCAGCGGUUAUUAUCCAAGUCAUGUACCACAUGAGCCGUCCCGGCCUACAAGUUCUUAUCACCCUGCCAUCGUGCCUAGCGCUAGACCUCAUUCUGUUUUAACUCAAACUGUUACCUGGAUAUUCAACGCGAAGCUCGAAUCUGUGAAAUACUGAUUAGUAUGGCACAACGGAGAGCAUCCAUCUCGAGGACCACGCGUGUACGGAGCCCAACAGUCGCUGUAACCGCGGAUGUCCCUGCGGCAGAGGCGGAGAAGUGGGUCGGGCAGUGGGCACGUGUAUUGGCUAGGGACUUAAUCGAUGUGCGCAUAGUCGAAGUAGACGCAGACAUGUCCGUCGAGGAUGCGUGCGAUCUCCUUCUGCAAGAAGACAUUCCGUGUCUCGCUGUCCGCGCUCUUCCAGAGUCAGCAGAUGCGCCUUAUCUUGGGCUCUUUGACUUCUCAGAUGUGAACGCCUUCCUCACGCUUGCAGCGACACGACACACGAUCCCACCCGCAGAGCUUCGUGCGAACUCGCGUGCCGACCAGAUCAUGAAUGCAGCGCGCGAAGGAAGUGUACCCGUGCACCUUGUUAGCAACCUCUCGGAGAAGAACUACCUGGAGACUCUUCCGAAUGACGCCAACCUUAUUUCACUGCUUGGCGUUUUUGCGAAGGGAACCCAUAGGGUGCUUGUCGAAGCCACCCCACCCAUCGCUCCCGCAGAGGGUAACACUGUUCCCGAGGCAAUAACAGCAAGGACCGCCUACCUCGGUGCAGUCUCCGACCGUGCUUUGCUGGCGUACUUCGCCAACUUUGCCGCGCAGCCGGACACUGCCGUACUCACCCAUUCUCUGACACAGCGCCCACACUCACCUCGGCUAUCGGCCUCCGUACAAGCAUCCACACAGCUUUCCAAACCUUCUCAGUCGCCUAAGCUUGUAUCAGCCCUGACAGCCUCCCGUCCUACCCAACCACAACCCCAGCACCCUCCCUCUACUUUCACGUUUGCAACGCUUCUUACGUGCCCCCUCCACUCACUUGCACUUCCGUCGCUUCAAAUGUACGCGUCUGUUAUAGCUGCUACAAGCUCUUCUACAGUGCUUGACGCGAUGCGCCUGAUGAGCGAGUGUGGUGUGAGCAGUGUAGCUGUUGUCGAUGAUGGCGCAGGAGGAUACGGAGCUGGAUAUGUAUCCUGGGGUGGGCUCACUGGAGCGGUCAGCGUCACUGAUGUCGGAAAGCUCGUCGUCCCCUCAGAGUCUAACCACAUCCUCUCUGCGCCUUUGCACCAGUUUGUUGCGCAGAUCAAGGAGCCGGAUGGAAGCACGGAUGGAGCAGACCGGUAUCCUGUAUAUGUCGUCCUCCCUACCAGCUCGCUCUCAUAUGCGAUUCAGAAAUUGCUUGCGACCAAUGCACACCGGCUCUUCGUAACCGACUCUGACUUCGAGCCCAGCUCAUCUCCUGGGACGCCCACGGGCGGCGGACUGUGCGGAAUUGUCAGCAUUGUCGAUAUUCUCUCUCUUUUCGCACGCAUCGCCAACAUCCCAAAUGUUGAUCCCACACAACGCAUGCGGCACCGACGUGCCUCAUCCUCGUCCUCAUCUUCACACUCCUCGUCACGGGGCGUUGUGAAGGACCUAUCACGCUCCGGGUCGCUCGCACACGCGCAAACACGGGAUCUCUCACAAUCCAGCAGAGAUUAUGCGCGCUCGAGGUCGAGUAGCAGGACGAGCAUGCGUCUCAGCCCAAGCCCACGAAUCAUCCCAACUGCAGAUGUGAGCAGUCCUCGUCUCGUUCCGAGUUUGGGGCUGGGAGACGUUAGGGAUAGUCCGCGGAUGGUGCCGACGCUUGGUGUUGGUGACAGAAACUCAUUGGUGGGCUUAGAUUUGGGGGAGCUUGUGGGACGGUGGGAGUGAGCGUGACGUAUUGUGUGUUUUUCUAUCUUUCUUUCUUUCUUUUCGUGGUUUGUUCGACGUUCGUCGUGUAGCAAUUACUUAUGGUUAGCGGGUCAUGCCUUUUUGUACAAUGGAUAAUGGCUGGAUGGUGGCGAGUAUGUUGGUUUGUAGGCGUUUGUAUGUAGUACCAGUUAUUCUAAGCAAUAACUCCUGAGCUGCACUACAAUUCUAAUACUUGUUUGUGAACAC